UGCUUCAGCCUCUCAGGCUGGUCGGACGGCGGAGGAGGAGGAAGAAGACGAAGGAAGAGAGGAGCACCUGGAGGGGGCUGGAGCUCCAGCUGGUAUUUGGCGGAUGACGCGGGAUCAGGUGGAGGCAAAGCUCCUUAGUGUGGGAGGGGGUGGUCAGAAAGUCCUACGGUGGUAGAAGGCGCUCCACCUCCUCCGGCAGCUGGAUGAACAGUGCCGAACUCUCCGCACGGACCUCAACCGGACCAGCGGCUGGGUCGACGUGCGUCCUGACCGGUCCGAGGCUCGGAGCGCGGUUGUGUUUGAGCCGGAGUGCUGCUGGAGCGAGGAGAGGAGGAGAAGGAUUAUCUGCAGGAACUCCAGGUCUGCAAACGCUGGCGGGAUGUUGUGGUUGCUGCUCUGUCUUCUUCCUCUCGGGGGCAGCAGCAGGAUCGGGACCCUGGAUGUUGCUCCUGGACCCAAAGACAGCCACGAGCUGGCGUUUGACGUGAACACGAGGCCUCAGAUUUACUACUGCCGCUCGCCCAACAUGGAGGACUUCACCUGCUGGUGGCAUCCGCUGGUCAAUCUGACGGAUGGAGAGGACGUCACCUACACUCUCAUAUACUCCAAAGAUAAGGGGCCAUCACACGAGUGUCCGGACUACGUUUCUGGUGGUUCCAACAGCUGCCAUUUUGACAGCAGCCACACAUCCAUCUGGAAGAUCUAUUGCAUGAAGGUGACGGCGAUGGCCGGCAGCAGGAACUACACCUCCCAGGAGCACUGUCUGGACGUGGCUGAGAUAGUGGAGACGGAGGCCCCAGCCAACCUGAGCUACAGGCUGACGGACGCCGGUGGAGAUGAGAUGGGGCACAACGUGCUGCUGUCCUGGACCUAUCCGGUCCCUGAGGACCUGCGUUACGGUUGGAUCACGCUGGUGUACGAGCUGCAAUACCAAAGGGUCACUGAGCCCGACAGCUGGAAGGUGAAGCAUCCUCUGCGUGAGCCCCAAGUGGAGUUGCUUGGACUGCGAGUCGGGGACUAUGCGGUCAGGGUCCGAUGUCGGUCCCACAACUCCGGCCUGUGGAGCAAAUGGAGCUCCACCCUCCUAAUGAGCAUCCCCCAUCGUGUGCCCACAGGUAAAGUCCUGGUUCUGGUUCUGGUGGUGGGAGUUGGUGUGGUGGCCCUGCUGGUUGUGGCCUUUGGCUUGAUUCCACAGAGCAGGAGAAUAAAAGAGUACUUCCUGCCUCCCAUUCCGAAACCACGGAUCAUGGGGAUUGACCCUCUGCUCUUGAAGAAGGGGAACCUGGAGGAAAUCAACCAUCACUUCAGCACCUUCCAUGGCUACAGACCCCCAAGCUACUCCAUGGAGGUCUGGGACCAGGUGAGGGCUGAUGGUGCCUAUCUCACCUCCCUGAAGAACUGCAGAGUCCCAUCUGAUGGUUGUGAUAGGAAGGUGGUACCUGGUACCGCCCAGAACCACUUCCCUGCCCAGAGCCCAACCACCUAUGUCCAGAGCGUGUCUUCGUACUGCACGUCUCCUCCUGAGAUCCUCCCCUCACUGCUGACUGCUCCAUCUCCACAGCAGAGAGCUGAGAUUACGUCGGUACUAGGGACCGACUACAGCACGAUGGAACAUCCGUUCCACCCUACCAACACUGGCCCCGGUUCUGACCCAACCAGCCACUCACCGCAGGAUUUCUACACCUGUGUCCAGCUCAUGAAGGAGAGCAGAGAGGUGCACUUGGUCCCGUGUUUCCCAUCAGCAUAUUGUCCAGAAUUCCCACUGUUCCCCAGCUCAAACGAGAUGGAGGAGGAGGAGAAGAAAAAGAGGAAGCUGGCUGAGUACCAGCUGAGGACGAGCACAGUGAGGGAAGGAGGAGAGAGGAGCGAAGCAGCUGCUCCUCUGCUUCCUGUCUCAGACACUGGCUGAUGGACAGAAAAACAGCUGGAACAUGGAGACUGUUUCCAUGUUUAAUGAGAAUCUGCUGUGACCUUUGACCCCAAACUGCUCCUGUCUGGUUCUGCUGUGUUCCUGCUGCCUCGUCAACCCACAACAGCAGGUUCUUCUGCACAUGAUAUUUUUCACUUCCGUUCAGAAAACCAUCAACAGACCUGUUUCAGCAAAGCACUAGUGAUGACUCAGCGCUUUUCUACAAAAAAAAAAAGAACAAAAGAAAAAGAAAACAUGUCUUUCUUUUAGCGUUCAGAUGCCACUCUGAUUUUAUUUGUCAUCUUUAGGAUCCAAACUGUUGCUGUUUUAAUGUAGAAAUACCUUUUUUCCUGGAGCAGAAGUACUUUAAUCAUAGAUUGUGGGUAAUGAAGUCCAUGUGAAACGCUGCUUUUACCGGGUCAGAUCCUCUUUCAGGACUCGUCAGUUUGUCUCAGGUGACAGGAAGUGCAGCGAUGCACCGUCUACGUUCAGAUUCACUCGGACUAAAUGAAUGAAAGAUUUUUCAUUCCUCUGGUCGCUCCAGAUGAUCCAGGAUCUGCUCUUAUUCCUUUAUUCUCUGUAUGUCGGUACAUGUGAACGUGUCAUUAAGCUGACCGUCUCGUUGUCUUCAUCGGGUCGGCACUGAUUGGAGCGUUGGUCUCUCUGGAAGCUUCAGCUGAAGCUCCUGUUUGUGUUUUUUCUUCACCUGCUUUGAGAUUCUGCAAAUAUGCACAGAUAUUAAGAAGUAUAUUUUAUGAAAAAUCACUGUAGUUCUAUGUUUUAAAGAACGUAUUUUGUAUAUUUUAGAAAUGCUGCACGACCAUUCUCAGGUGUCCUGCAUUAUUCUGAAGCAGAGUGAAUUUACUGCAGGGUUUUUACAAAGAAAGGGUUUUUCUGAUUGAUGGAAAAAAAUCCUGGAAAGAUGACGAUUUAGCAGAAUGCAAAGAUCCGGACUUGUGCUGCAGACUAGUCUUUGGUGCCAGAGGAUUUCCAUUUCCUUGGAAGUGUUUUUAAAAGCUCUAAUCCAGUUUUUUAACAACCAAGCCGCUGAGUUUGACCCCAAAAUGCUGCACAUUAUCAGGCAAAUCAGAUCAAACCAGACUUUUCAUUUAAAGUAUGUUAGUUGUUUUAUUGCCUCCAGCUGUGUUUACUUUUAAUUAUAAUUUUAGUGAAUCUGAACCAAACAUUCCUCUCGUGCACCAGCGAGGCCCUGUUAGCAGCUCAGACGAACCAUGAUAUAAACCUUUAAUGGAAAGUGUGUGGACCACCGACGGGGCUUGGGGGUAUUUGGGGUCACUGUUUAGGGUAAAUCCCUCCUGUCUGAUUUUUUCAAAUACCUGGAACUCAGCAGUGUUGUUGCGUUGUCUCCGUGUUGAUCAUGCAGUAAAAUUUGGUGUUGCCGUCUCUCUUUGUGCCUUUUCUCGCUGUUGGAGUUGUGUUUUCCUCUUUUCCCCAGCAGCUGAUGUUCUGCACACACACACACACACACACACACACACACACACACACACACACACACACACACACACACACACACACACACACACACACACACACGUUCUCCCCCAACCGAAUCAGAUCUGCAGGAGGUUGUUUCUGUCGGACUCAGGCACUUUGGAUUUGAUGCAGUAAAAGGUGAAAAGGUUUCUUCUGAAUGCUUUGUUGCAAAUUGAUGAAUCACAAUUAGUUAAAAAGCAAGUCACCCCUUUACCAGAGUCCUACUCCACUGCCUCUUCAAUUUGAAUAAUGCAACAAAUAUGUUGCCAGGCAGACCGAGAGGGUGGAGUCGCUAGCAAAUACACACAUACAGGCUCACAAUGACAUUGUGACAUCAUAAUGUACCAGCUAACAUCAUAGUGUACCUCUUAGCCAAUAGCGAUGGCAGAUUUAAAUUCAAACGCAUUGCAGAGUUUUUACCUGAAGAUGGCUCAACACUGACAGUUUUGGGCAGAAUGUUUAAAUUUUAACUAAAAUGCACUGAAGGGCCAAAUUAUUGACUACACGUGUCUACAGCACGAUUGGACACUUGUUUAAAUCGUUUAUCAGCAAAAAAAAGUUGAUUUGGGGGUGACUUGCUCUUUAAAUAAAAGACAUGAGAAAUUAAACUCCUUUACAAAAUGUACUAAAGUAAAAUGACCCUAAAGGGGUUUGUGUUUAACCACUGAUUCAUUUUCAGAGAUGAAAGCCUUCUUAUUCCAACAAAGAUUAAUUUAUUUAUUCAUAAUUGAAUAACAGGGAGAAUUUUGUUCACCGUGUUUUGUUUACUGUAGAUCUGUGUUGUUGGUUUGACUGCAAAACAUGUUUUCAUCGUAUUAAAUAAAGUUUAACGUUCA